CUUAAGGUCUACAUUUAAUGGACAUAAUGCGAACUUGACUAUAAUGAACGCAUGGUCAAUUGUAUGAAGUAACGAUGAUUCCAUAAUUGACAUUACACAAUUGCCGUACAGGUUUGAAUAUUAAAUAUGUUUUCCGGGUUAAUUUUCACGUCGUUGGCACAUUUACCUACAUAUGUGUCGCUAUGCACUUGUGUAAACAUUACAAGCUGUAUGCCUUUUCCCAUAACGGAAUAUCAGCAGAUAUUGUGUCUUCUUUAGUCAAUUAAAAUGUAUCCUUUAAUUAUAUGCAUGUGUAUAUUAUUCGUGAGCGAUAAAUGUGCGGCGCAAAUAUUCUACGAAACCGAUUUGAACUUCCGAGUGGACGCGGGUACUAGGACAUGUUUUUUCGAGAAGGGUGAAACGGGCCAAACUAUGGAGUUGUAUUACCAAGUGCUGGACGGCCAGCACGGUGACUUGGACAUAUCGGUCGACGUAACAGAUCCCACAGGGGCGGCACUGCUCUCCGAUUACAAACAAACUCAAAACUCGAUUAUAAUGGAACUAGAACACAGCGGCGACUACGUGUUUUGCUUGGACAACACAUACAGCAUAAUGAACUCUAAACUUGUGUUUGUUUACGUAGUUAUAGAGCACAGGAUAUCAGAUAACGCUGAAGACCCGGUAGUGAGUACAGUGGACGAGGAAGGAAAAGAGCACGAAGAAGUUCUUGAAUGGAUAGGUGAGGAUAAAGAAGGAAACAACUAUACUAUAGCGGUAGCUGUUAUAAUAGAGUCGAUAAAGCGCAUGUUAAGCCACGUGGUUCACGCCCGCCAUAUGCUCGACCUGUAUGCCGCUAGCAAGUCAAGAGACAGCUACUUGGCGAUAGAAGAUACGUUCAUAGUGGAUGUGUGGUCUUGUUUUCAGAUUGUAUUCAUGAUUUGUGUAGGAAUAAUACAGGUGUAUAUGAUAAAGAAGUUAUUUGAUUCGCCUUCUUCUAUUGAGAAGUAUUAA